GCCCAGUGUAGUUAAGGCCACUGUGUCCCUGUCUGUUGGAUGUCUUUUAGCAUUUGGGACCAGGAACAAAAGAAGAUCUUCAUGAGAUGAGUUAAGGAAGCAUCGCAAUUAUGAGCUUCUUUGAAAAACUAAAGAAUCUUGGACCUCCAGCUCCACCUAAGAGAAUAGAAGAGAAUGCAGGUUAUGGCUGGCCAGAUGAUGAGUUUGAUGAGGAAGACGUGGACACAUAUGAAGCACCCCCCAAAUGUGAGAGUCCGACCGUUAAGGUUCCUCCCAGGCCGGUGGAGGAGAACGUUUAUCUAGGGCUGACGUCCAAUCCCACGAUCUCCCACAGGCAUGCUCCGCCUCCUAGGCCAAUGAAGAUAGCGCCGAUGAAGCAGCAGCAGCAGGACUCAGAGGAGUUCUACAUUGACCCCAACUGCUCCAAACCCCCAGAGGUACACCGGAAUGCUAAACCAGGGAAGAAGCCCGCUCCCAAGAAGCCUGCUGCACCGCCAAUGCGCACGGUCCCCGCCCCCAUCCCCGCGCCCAUGCCCGCCCCCCGUCUCAAUACGAGGAAGACGUGUACCUGGAUCCUAACGAGGAGCAGGUGAGCCGCGCCGGACGUGACCCGUGAAGCACAGCUGCUGUCAGAGGAGCCAGUGGUACUGAUGCCAGUGUGUGUGUGUGUGUGUGUGUGUGCGCGCGCGUGUGUGUUUGUGGGUUUCAGGAAGACAGU